AUGUGUGCCCGCGCCGGGGGGCCGCUCACCGCCCUCGCCGUGGUGUUUGGGGCAGCGGUGGCGUUUGCACCCAUACCUAGGAUCACCUGGGAGCACACAGAGGUGCAGCUGGCGCGGUUCCACCAGCCGGGCAUCUUCAACUACUCGGCCCUGCUGCUGAGUGCGGACGCGGACACCCUGUACGUGGGCGCCCGGGAAGCCGUGUUUGCCGUGAACGCUCUCAACGUCUCCCAGAAGCGGCACGAGGCGUACUGGAAGGUCUCGGAAGACAAGCAAGCCAGAUGCACAGAAAAGGGGAAGUCCAAACAGACCGAAUGUCUCAACUACAUCCGAGUGCUCCAGCCGCUUGGCACCACUACCCUUUACGUGUGUGGGACCAAUGCCUUCCAGCCGGCCUGUGACCACCUGGACCUGGCGUCCUUUCAGUUCCUGAGGAGACACGAAGACGGCAAAGGAAGGUGUCCCUUCGACCCAGCGCAGAGCUACACGUCGGUGAUGGUUGACGGGGAGCUGUACUCCGGGACGUCCUACAACUUCCUGGGCAGCGAGCCCAUCAUCUCCCGGAACUCCUCCCAGAGUCCUCUGCGGACGGAGUACGCCAUACCCUGGCUCAACGAGCCCAGCUUCGUCCACGCCGAGGUGAUGGGCGGGAGCGCGGACGGCGCCGAGGGCGGAGACGACCGGGUGUACUUCUUCUUCACGGAGGUGUCCGUGGAGUACGAGUUCCUCUCCAAGCUGCUGAUCCCCCGGGUGGCGCGGGUGUGCAAGGGGGACCAGGGCGGCCUGCGGACCCUGCAGAAGAAGUGGACGACCUUCCUGAAGGCCCGGCUGCUGUGCGGCCGGCCCGACGGGAGCCUCUUCUUCAACGUGCUGCGCUCCAUGUUCGUGCUCCGGGCCCCGGACCUGCAGGAGCCCCUGCUCUACGGGGUCUUCGCCCCGCAGCUGAACAAUGUGGGGCUGUCCGCCGUGUGCGCCUACAGCCUGUCCGCGGCCGAGGCCGUCUUCGCCCGCGGGAAGUACAUGCAGAGCGCCACCGUGGAGCAGUCCCACACCAAGUGGGUGCGCUACAGCGGGCCCGUGCCCUCACCCAGGCCCGGGGCGUGCAUUGGCCGCGAGGCGCGGGCCGCCAACUUCUCCAGCUCGCUCAGCCUGCCCGACAAGACGCUGCAGUUCGUCAAAGACCACCCUCUGAUGGACGACUCUGUGGCCCCGACGGGCAGCAGGCCCAGGCUGGUCAAAAGCGGGGUGAACUACACCCAGAUCGUGGUGGACAGGACCCGGGCCCUGGACGGGACUGCCUACGACGUCAUGUUCGUCAGCACAGACCGGGGCGCCCUGCACAAGGCCGUCAGCCUGGAGGGCGACGUCCACAUCAUCGAGGAGACGCAGCUCUUCCCGGACCAAGAGCCAGUGCAGACCCUGUUGCUGUCCACCCAGAAGGGCAGACGCUUCAUCUACGCCGGCUCCAACUCGGGCGUGGUGCAGGCCCCCGUGGCCUUCUGCGGGAAGCACAGCACCUGUGAGGACUGCGUGCUGGCCCGGGACCCCUACUGCGCCUGGAGCCCGGCCACGGCGGCCUGCGUGGCCCUGCACCAGACCGACAGCCCCGGCAGGGCCCUGAUCCAGGACCUGGGCGGCGAGGUGUCCGCGUGCCCCGAUAAAAGUAAGGAAAGCUCCCAGCAGCAUUUUUUCCAGCCUGGCGGCACGGCAGAGCUCACAUGCUCCCCGAAGUCCAACCUGGCGCGGGUGGUGUGGAGGUUCCAGAGCGGCGUGCUCAGGGCCCAGGGCCCCAAGUACGGCCUGGUGGGCGGGACCCUGCUCAUCUUCAACCUGUCGGAAGGGGACAGCGGGGCGUACCAGUGCCUGUCGGAGGAGAGGGUCAGGAACAAGACGGUCUCACGGGUGACGGCCAGCCACGUGCUGGAGGUCAGGACGGUGCCCCGGGCCCCGGGGGCCUCCUCCUCGCCGGCCCCCCGCACGGAAGGUGCCGGGAUCCCCCCCGACAGGUCCGCGGGGCCCGUCCGAGGCUCCUCUCCCCAGGCCCCGGCGGGGCGGCCGGCCACGCCCUCCGGCCCGGCGCCCACCGGCGCGUCCUGCGAGCCGAAGGUCGUCAUCCACACUGUGCCCCAGGUGCAGUCGGAGAAGACCCUGUACCUCCAGGCCGGCAACGACCGGCUCCUCCUGUCCCUCUUCCUGCUCUGCUUCGUGCUCUGCCUCGGCCUGCUCGCCUACAACUGCUACAAGGGCUUCCUGCCGGGCCGCUGCCUCGGGGUGCGCUCCGCGCUGCUGGGCAAGAAGCAGCCGGCCCCCGAGUUCGCCGACUGCGAGCAGAGCGUGAAGGAGACGCUGGUGGAGCCGGGCAGCUUCUCCCAGCAGAACGGGGGGCAGCCCCGGCCGGCGCCCGACACCGGCUACGAGACCGAGCAGGACACCACGGCCAGCAGGGCGCCCACCGACAGGGAGGACUCGCAGAGGAUCGAUGAGCUCCCGGGCAGGGACAAGCCCUUCGACGUCAAGUGCGAGCUGAAGUUCGCCGACUCGGACGCGGACGCGGACUGA